CUCUAGUCUUGGUGACAGAGCGAGACUCUGUCUCAAAAUUAUUAAUAAAGUUGUAUUUUAACAAAAGGAUUAUCAACACAAAAUCAUGUUUAUUUCAAGCAAUAUGCAUUAAUAAUAUAAUAAAAAUGAAAAUACAGGCUUUGCCUGCCACCUAAGGAGGAGGUGGGGUCGGGGCCAGCCACGACCGCCGUUGCUGGGAUGCUGCAGGUGUACGUGACCACCUGAGCUACCAGGCCCAGGAGCCCAACGUGGAGCGCUUCUUUAAAGGCUACAGGAAGAUCCUGGAGGUGGAUCUGAAGAAUGGAUAUGGUUUUGUGGAGUCUCAUGAUCUGCAUGAUGCAGAUGAUGCUGUUUAUGAACUGAAUGGCAAAGACCUUUGCGGUGAGUGAGUAAUUGUUGAGCAUGCCCGUGGCCCCCGGCGAGAUGGCAGUUGCCGCUCUGGACGCAGUUGAUACGGUUGUAGAAGUGGCCAAGAUAAACACGGCCCUCCUACUCGCACACAGUAUAUUCUUAUUGUGGAGAAUUUGUAAAGUCGGUGCAGCUGGCGGGCAGAAUAAGUGACUUACGUGGAUGCUCACAAGGGACGCAAAGAUGAAGGCGGUGAUUGAAGUUGUAUCUUAUUCUGAUAUGAAAAGAGCUUUGGAAAAGUAAAUGGCAGAAAAUCUGAUUCGUGGAAGACAAGCCACGUCUCAGACGCCGCCGGCCCUAGUCCAGACGCUGGCGUCAUUCAGGGCCUCGCUGUCGAAGCGGACACUCCCUUAAGAGCAGGAGCCCAGGUGGCAGCAGCCAAAGCAGUCAUUCUCAGAGCAGACCCGCGUCCAGGUCGGGCCCUCGCUCCUGGACCAAGAGCCGGAGCCGGAGUCAGAGUCGGAACAAGAAGGAGAAACGCAGGAGCCCCAGCAAGGACAAGAGCCGCAGCCGCAGCUGCAGUGCCGGCAAGGGCCGCAGCCAGCGCAAAGACCAAGCUGAAGAGAAGAUCCAAAACAAUGACAAUGCCAGGAAAACCCAAGGGCCGGAGUCCUAGGAGGCAUAAAAGGAAGAGAAGUCGGAGCCGCAGCCGGGAGAGGAGCGUGGAGGAGGAGAAGCGAGGCAGUGUGAGUGGGGCAGGAGCCAGGAGGAAGGCAGGGGCCGGAAGAGUCUCGCCAGAGUCGGAGCAAACUGGGCAGCUGGAGCCGGAGGAGCUGCAAGGCCAAGAGGAAGAGCAGGAAGAGAAGCAGGGAGGAGAGCCGCAGCCGCAGCCGCAGCCGAAGCAAGAGUGAGAGGAGCAGAAAGUGAGGCAGCAAGGCGGGCAGCAGCAGGAGGAAAAAGGAAGACACUGACCGCUCCCAACUCUGAAUCCAGCCAGAGGGAAGGCCGAGGGGAGAGAGUGAGAAUGCUUGUACCAGUCAGGAGAUCCGGUCCACGUGGAGAUCCAAUGCCAAAGAGAAACCAAAACUUCCGUCAGAAUCAGGCUCCAUAUCAAAGUCAGCUUCAAAAACCCGAUCGGGGUCCAAGUCUCGAUCCAGGCCUGCAAACCCGAUCGGGGUCCAAGUCGCGAUGCAGGCCUGCAAACCAGAUCGGGGUCCAAGUCUCGAUGCAGGCCUGCAAACCCGAUCGGGGUCCAAGUCUCGAUGCAGGCCUGCAAACCCGAUCGGGGUCCAAGUCGCGAUGCAGGCCUGCAAACCCGAUCGGGGUCCAAGUCUCGAUGCAGGCCUGCAAACCCGAUCGGGGUCCAAGUCUCGAUGCAGGCCUGCAAACCCGAUCGGGGUCCAAGUCUCGAUGCAGGCCUGCAAACCCGAUCGGGGUCCAAGUCGCGAUGCAGGCCUGCAAACCCGAUCGGGGUCCAAGUCGCGAUGCAGGCCUGCAAACCAGAUCGGGGUCCAAGUCUGAUGCAGGCCUGCAAACCCGAUCGGGGUCCAAGUCUCGAUGCAGGCCUGCAAACCCGAUCGGGGUCCAAGUCUCGAUGCAGGCCUGCAAACCCGAUCGGGGUCCAAGUCUGGAUGCAGGCCUGCAAACCCGAUCGGGGUCCAAGUCUCGAUGCAGGCCUGCAAACCCGAUCGGGGUCCAAGUCUCGAUGCAGGCCUGCAAACCCGAUCGGGGUCCAAGUCUCGAUGCAGGCCUGCAAACCCGAUCGGGGUCCAAGUCUCGAUGCAGGCCUGCAAACCCGAUCGGGGUCCAAGUCUCGAUGCAGGCCUGCAAACCCGAUCGGGGUCCAAGUCUCGAUGCAGGCCUGCAAACCCGAUCGGGAUCCAAGUCUCGAUGCAGGCCUGCAAACCCGAUCGGGGUCCAAGUCUCGAUCCAGGCCUGCAAGCCCGAUCGGGGUCCAAGUCGCGAUCCAGGCCUGCAAGCCCGAUCGGGGUCCAAGUCUCGAUGCAGGCCUGCAAGCCCGAUCGGGGUCCAAGUCUCGAUGCAGGCCUGCAAACCCGAUCGGGGUCCAAGUCUCCAUCCAGGCCUGCAAGCCCGAUCGGGGUCCAAGUCGCGAUCCAGGCCUGCAAGCCCGAUCGGGGUCCAAGUCUCGAUGCAGGCCUGCAAACCCGAUCGGGGUCCAAGUCUCGAUGCAGGCCUGCAAACCCGAUCGGGGUCCAAGUCUCGAUGCAGGCCUGCAAACCCGAUCGGGGUCCAAGUCUCGAUGCAGGCCUGCAAACCCGAUCGGGGUCCAAGUCUCGAUGCAGGCCUGCAAACCCGAUCGGGGUCCAAGUCUCGAUGCAGGCCUGCAAACCCGAUCGGGGUCCAAGUCUCGAUCCAGGCCUGCAAGCCCGAUCGGGGUCCAAGUCGCGAUCCAGGCCUGCAAGCCCGAUCGGGGUCCAAGUCUCGAUGCAGGCCUGCAAGCCCGAUCGGGGUCCAAGUCUCGAUGCAGGCCUGCAAACCCGAUCGGGGUCCAAGUCUCGAUCCAGGCCUGCAAGCCCGAUCGGGGUCCAAGUCGCGAUCCAGGCCUGCAAGCCCGAUCGGGGUCCAAGUCUCGAUGCAGGCCUGCAAACCCGAUCGGGGUCCAAGUCUCGAUGCAGGCCUGCAAACCCGAUCGGGGUCCAAGUCUCCAUCCAGGCCUGCAAACCCGAUCGGGGUCCAAGUCUCCAUCCAGGCCUGCAAACCCGAUCGGGGUCCAAGUCUCAACCCAGGCCUGCCUUCAGAUCACCCUCCCAAUCUAGAUCUAGGUCCCAGGAAAGGUCCUCACUGCCUAAGACCACAGGGGAACUACCUAGGGAGUCUUUUGUGUAUGUUUGCUAUGCGUAGCACAGGUGAUUGGGGUAGAACAUGUUACUGCUGUACAUUUUCAACUCCCCUAAUGGUGUGUCCAUAAUUGUUAGAUCUAAGUGCUUACUCUCCGUAAAGCCUCCUGGUGCCAGGCCUUCCUGCUUCACUGAAAAAAAUUUUCUCUUAAGAAAAUCCCCUUUUACUCAUGGCCCACAGCAGAAUAUCCAGAACACCUUGGCUUUCAGGCCUGGCCUUUCCUACAGGGAGGGAGCUCAGUAACCUGGACAGCUCUAAGGCUGGACUGACCACAUAGGUAGGUAUGGUGAGUUCAACCAGGUUUUGCUCAUGAAUUGACGCCUUUCGAUGCAUGCCAUUUAGUGAAAGCGCCAAGUCUUAAGUUUCCUGCCACUUUGGUUUCAUAUUUUUGGACUUAACCAAGCUGUGAAUAGCACAGUCGAGGAAAAUUGAUACUUGCAGUAACCUACAGGAAAUAAACUAUAGCGUUCCAUAUUCUGGUAUUGUGAUUAUACUGCUUUACGUUAAAAAAGUUUUUUAAAUUUUAUUUUUCCCUGUCUUGCAAAGUAUAGUGACCCCUGUUUCCAUUAAAUUUGAAUAAAGACUAUCUUUGCAUGACAAAAAAACGCAAAUACAACUAAAAAGUAAGAAUACUAUUUGGAGUUCAAACUAAUAAUGUCUGACCUAUAUGUAACACUGAAAUACGAAGACUCUUGCCUCUUGAACAACCUGUUUCUGCAAAAGUGUGGCCUCUGAACAAUGAAAAUAAAAGAAGCUGACCUAGUAAUUCUACAGUGAUUUCUUGUUUUUUUACAGUAAGCAGAUAAAAAUCCAAGUGAGUGAAAAAAAAAUCAUAUUUGUAACAAAAAUGUUAAAAACCUAAUACUUUUAAGCUAAUGUCUUUUCAUGGCCCUUCAUUUAUUUACCUUCAAGAUUGCUGAAUUAAUCUUGAGAUUUUUUAGAAUCAAAUAUCUGAUUUUAACAGAUACAUGACUGGUCUAAUACAUGACUGAUAAUUACUAAGUAAUGGAGUAACUAUGGUAAAACACAACUCUCUCUGGAUUUGUUUCGAAUUUCUUCUCCUGCAGAUAUGUGACAUGCAAUUCAGGAUGUGACUUUGAGCCUGGGGGAGGGUUUGCAAACUGUGGUUCACAGGCCAAAUUUGACCCACUGGGAAUGUUGAAAAACAAUCAAAAUAUGACUAUUUUGUGAUGUGAAAAUUUCAUAAAAUUCAGAUGUUGCUGUCCAUAAAUAAAGUUUUACUGGAACACA